UUCUUGUACAGUUCUCCUACCAAAUAAUAGAUGUUUGUUAUCCUAUUUCUGUCUAAGUUGGGAAAUAUAAUGCUUUCAUUAAGUUACAUUUGUUUUGCUCCAGAGUUUAUGAAGAGAGGCUGGGUUCAUGCACACUUCCUCUUAAAUCCCUCCCCCUGUUACAUUCCUUCAGCCCGCAGCUCAGAUCAUAAGCACAGGAAACCAUAGACACUGUCGUUUUUUUCACACAUUUGUCAUGAACUAACUCUUGAACCUUUAUAAGGAUACAGCUGGGGAGCUAAGCGCCCUCAUGUCUGUGCGUCCUCCUUUUUCUUUCUUCUCCAACAGAUUUUGAGGUUGUGAGCUUCCUGAGUUAAGCAGGAGAUGGCACUCUUUAACCGUGACCCAGUCAGGAAUGAAGACUUAGAAAACUGGGAUUGGAUUGCUUCUGGGGGAUUCGGUAAUGUCUACAAGGCCAGGCACAAUAAAUGGUGUUCUGAUGUGGCCAUUAAGCUACUUAAUCUGGAUGCUCGCUCCAUCUUGCCCCAGGAAAAAGCAUUGUACAAUGAGGCUACUCAUAUGGAGAAAGUGUCCUCUGACUUUGUUUUGAGGGUUUAUGGAAUUUAUGAAGGAUGUCCUCCAAUCAAAGAAAUGUCGGUCCAACAAGGAAUAGUCACACCUCUCAUGAGAAAAGGAUCCAUUGAGAACCUACAAACGGACUUUCCUGACCCUCUCCCGUGGCCGCUGGUCUUCCGUUUGGCACAUGAAGUAGGUUUAGGAAUGACCUUCCUCCAUUCAAAGGAUGUUCUGCACCAUGACCUAAAACCAAGUAAUGUUCUGCUGGAUGAUGACCUUAGGGUCAAGUUGGCAGACUUUGGUCUAUCUAGGACUUCCGUCAGCGCUUUGAGCAGCAGCCAAGAGACACAAACAGAGACUGGAGGCUCGUACAAGUACAUGCCACCUGAGGCUUUUAAUUUGUCAUAUAAGCCUCGUCGUUCCUUUGACAUUUACAGCUACGGUAUUCUUCUCUGGUCCAUCAUCAAUGGUGAAGAACCUUAUCCAGGCAAGAUCUUUAUUCAUGUGAAGCUUUCGAUCGAAACGGGCCAGAGACCUCGUGUUGACACACUUUCACAGAAAAACGUUGAUGGUAUGAAAGAGAUCGUCAACCUCAUGCAGCGGUGCUGGGAUGCAGAUCCAUCCAAGAGACCUCCCUUCACAGACUGCAUCAAAGUCACUGAAGAAUUGUUCUCCAAGCACAAGAAUGGCAUUCGUGAGGCCGUCUAUAAAGUUGUGACAAAACUGGAGUCUGAGACAAGUGCGCCAGACUAUCUUAAUUCACCAACCCCAGAAGAAUCAUUUGACUCAGUCGACCACCCUGCACCAGCAGCUCAGGAGCAGACAUUUGCCAAAACAGCCAACCAACAGUCCACAAAAACUAUGACAGAGGAGGAUAAAGCAAACUUUGUAGAUGACAAUAUGGCCGUUUUAAUACAAGACACUGACAUGGUAAUGGCGAUAACUGAAGAGAUUAAAAAACUGGUCCACGGUGAAGCCUACUCACGGAUUAAUGCUAAAGAGACGAACCAGGACAAAAUGAGGGUACUAUACCAGGGACCUUUACGUUCAGGAGGAAAGCGGGUCAAAGCAGCGUUUUAUGAUGCCCUUAAGAAACAUCAGCCCGACCUGGUGGAGAGGCUCAGUGGCUAAUGCCUAUGAAGUUGUGGCUUUUCUGAUGUUCGUGGACAGUGUGAAGUCUUUCCUUGCAGCUGUUCUUUUUUUUUCCAUAUGAAUAUUGACUAUUUGCAUUUGUCAUUUAUUAAAAGUUUUAUGAGAUACAAUAUAAUAAGUUUAAACUACCGUACAUGUAUAGAUCUGUAGAUGUUGAAUGAUAAAUACAAUGUACCUGUCGUCAUUCAGUAAUCAAAGGCUUAUGGCCAUUGUAGUAAUCCAACAAAUUAAUAGAGUAAUAGUAGUAAGUAGUAGUAAGUAAUAGACACAAAGAUUUUAGGAGGAAGUUCAGAAAUUGAGCGGCUGAGAAUCCAAGUACAUUUGAAUCCUGUUUAUUUUUCCAUUAAAAACAUUUUAAAAAACA